AUGAAAACAGAGGGUAAAAUUGGAAAACAAGGAGUUUCUGCUGCUGGAAGUAAGAAGGAGCUUCUGGAGAGGCUCUGUGCUGGAGGUGCCAACGAUUUAAGCAACAAUGGCGAAGAUGAUAGCAAAGACGGGAAUGCCAGCUCCCAUGCUCUGCAGAAAGUGAAGACCAUUGAUGACAUGCGAGGAAUGAGUAUAAAGCAGCUUCGAGAAGAAGCUAGCGCACGAGGACGUUCUGCCGUUGGCACGAAGAAGGAGCUGCUGGAGAGAUUGUGUGCUGAUAAUGACGAUGUCUCAAAUGACAAUGAUCCUGAGGAAAAGAAAGAGAAAUUAGUCACAGCCACCAAGAAAGGUUCAGCUGUCUUGGAUAAAUGUCUGCCAGACCAUAUUAAGACUCAGUACCAUGUCUUGCAAGUAGGCGAUGACAUUUAUGAUGCCAUGUUGAAUCAAACAAAUGUUGGGGCGAAUAAUAACAAAUUUUUUGUCAUUCAAGCUCUAGAAUCUGAUGAUGGCGGCAAAUUCAUGGUCUAUUUUAGAUGGGGAAGAGUAGGUGUGAAGGGUCAAGAUAAAUUAGUUGGCCCUUAUACCUCACAGCAAGCUGCGAUCUCUGAGUUUGAGAAAAAGUUCUUUGACAAGACCAAGAAUCGUUGGACCGAUAGGAAAGAGUUUGUUAGUCAUCCACGUUGCUAUACUUGGUUAGAAAUGGACUAUAGUGAAACCCAAAAUGAUCGAGCUGUUAAAUCAAAGCCAGAAUCUACAACAAGACUGGAACCUAAAGAGACAAAGCUGGAAGCACGGACUGCAGAUUUCAUCUCUCUCAUUUGCAACAUGAGCAUGAUGACACAACAGAUGAUGGAAAUUGGAUACAAUGCUGAAAAAUUACCUCUUGGUAAAUUGAGCAAAUCGACUAUUUUAAAGGGUUAUGAUGUCUUGAAAAGAAUUGCUGAUGUGAUUGCCAAAGCUGAUAGGAAGACGCUAGAGCAAUUAAGCGGGGAAUUUUACACUGUGAUCCCCCAUGACUUUGGUUUUAAGAAAACAAUUGAUGUUGAGAGACACGCCAGAGAUUUCAUGGAGGCGGCCAAAAAGCUUCAGCUUUUUUUCAUUGGGUUGCAACGAGAAGAACAACCCACGAGAGCAGAAACGCUACGGAAGGAGAUUGCUAAUAUGGAAGAAGAGUUGAAAGUGAAGACUGAGCUAAUCAAUAAGCAAGAGAGAUUAAUUCAAGGAUGGAGAAUGGAGUUGAAAGACCAACUAGAGAAACACAACAUUGAGUUGGAAAGAGUUUGA